CACUGUACAGUCACAGACACACACUCAAAUACCUUCACACUCAAAAACACACUUCCCCCAUUCUUGUCCAAACUCCAAAGCUUCUCUCCCCAAUGGAACCACCACCGUUACUCCUCACUCUCCUCCACCUCCUCCUCCUCUCCUCCACCACCCUCUCCGCCACCAACACCACUCACUCCCGCCCCCCAACUCCAUCCCCCAACACCACUCACUCCCUCCCCCCAACUCCAUCCCCCACUUCCUCUCCAACCCCCUCCGCUCCUUCCUCAAAAGGCUCAUCUUCUCUAGACCCCAAACAAGUAAGAGCCCUCCAAUCCCUCAACAUCCCAACUUCCAAAGACCCAUGCACUCAGCUCCACUCCAACACCACCCUCUGCGACGCCGCCAAGCCCUUCCGCCACCUCCUCUCCCUCACCCUCGCCAACUGCUCCGACGACGUCGCUCUGUCCUUCACCGCCCUCAAGUCCCUCUCCACCCUCCAAUCCCUCCACUUCCUCAACUGCCCCAUCGCCCCCAUUCGCUUCCCCGCCGAUCUCGUCGCCUCCCUCCACUCCUUCUCGGCCGUCAGCAGCCUCCGCCACCUCACCGGCGUCUGGCUCUCCCGCCUCCAGAACCUCACCGAUCUAACCGUCUCCAACGUCCAAGUCAAUGCCAGUGGCCCUUUCGUAAUUCUCGGCAACUUGAAGAAGCUCAGGUCCGUCACUAUCUCCCAUGCCAACCUCACCGGUAAUGUUCCCAAACACUUGAAUCUCAACUUGACCCAGAUCGACUUUUCCGGUAAUAAGCUCGAGGGAAGAAUACCCAGUUCCAUUACCAUACUCGAAAACCUCGAAAGCUUGAAUCUUUCCUCCAAUACACUCAAUGGCGAAAUACCCACUUCGUUUGGGGACCUCAUAUCCCUCAGAAAUGUCUCCCUUGCUUCGAAUUUGCUAUCUGGGCCGAUACCCGAGUCGAUUUCAGCCAUUCCCGGCUUGGUUCAUCUUGAUCUGAGCUCGAAUCAGCUCAAUGGCACAAUCCCCAAGUUCCUUUCCGAUAUGAAGGGCUUGAAAUUCUUGAAUCUGGCCAACAAUAACUUCCAGGGGGUCGUUCCUUUCAAUGUGUCAUUCAUUAGUAAGUUGGCUUUGUUCAAGGUUAGUAGGAACAGCAAUUUGUGCUACAACCAUUCGGUUCUUUCGUCGAAAUUGAAGCUCGGCAUUGCUCCCUGUGAUAAACAUGGGCUGCCAAUGUCGCCUCCUCCGGCGAAGGAGGACAGUUCAGCAGCGGAUGACAGCAGUGAUUCGGAUUAUGAUGACAGUGAUGGGGAUGGCGAUUCCCAAAAUCAGGAUCAUCAUCAUGGGCCUAAUAAGGUAGUUCUUGGUGUGGCAAUUGGGCUUUCUUCCCUUGUCUUCCUCAUAGUUUUCUUGAUUCUUCUGUCAAAGUGGUGUGGGUGAAGCUGAGCUAAUCAGGUGAGUUGUUUGUUGUGAUUAAUUUCAUUUCAUUUGUCUAGGAGUUUAGUGAUUAGGCAGUAAAGAUUGAAUUUUGAUUUAAUUUAUUAUACUUGGUGAUGAGGAGGGGGGAAGAGUAGAUGGGAAGGGAGAGUGAUCAUUGAUUUGGAGUGUUCUAUUUUUAUCACUGCUCUGAUGGGGUUGCUAGCUGGAGAAAAAGAGCAGUUGGUUUUUUCCAUUAUUACCUACUUGAACAGUUGAAUGUAUUAUGUCUUUGCCAUCAUUUAUGUUUUUCUUCUUCAACCACAAGCUAGCGUUUACUUUCUGUUUUUUCCUUCCACUUUUUAUCAAUUCAGCUUUCUUUGAGUUUGCUUCUUCUUUGAAAAUGCAGAACAUCAUAAUGAGAUUACUCAAACAAGUCAGAUAGUUCAUUAACUGUUAACUUUGGAUUCAAAUCAUAUUUCCUCUUACAUGUGAGUAAUUGUGAACUUUGGUAUAGUGAGAUACUAAAGUUUUGGUAUAAUUGGUCAAAUCCCAGUUGUCAAGAAGUCAUGAUCUCCUCAGCAAAAGACUCGUGAAAUAAUAAGUUUUAUUUGCAUUAUUUUAGGUAAUUUUUAUUUGCAUUAUUUUAGAUAAAUGGAAAGAAAACCCGAAACAAAAACUUUACAUCAUUUUGUGUUUGAAUUCACGGACAAUUAGAACCAACAAAAAGAAUAUAAGAAGUUAAACAUGGAAUCCUAAAGCAUUCCCCAGCAAACAAAUAGAAGAGAGGUUAAGCAUUCAUAGAGAUAAGUUCAACCAAGUCUCAGAAGCCCA